AUGAAAAUACUUUUAUUAGAAAUAGAUUUAACUAAUGAAACAGGUAAUAAUGAUAUGAAUAAGCUUGAAAAUAUGUUAGAAGAACUAGAAAUGUCAUAUGAUUAUAUUAAAUUGUUAGCAGAGGAAUAUAUAAAUGUAGAUGAUAAAUUACAAACAAUGAAUAUACUGACUAAAGAAUCUGUUAUUAAAGAUAUUCUCAAAGAGCAAGGUUUGGUUAACAAUGAAGAUUCAGAUAAUGAUGAGAAAGAGGAGGAGAAGGAA